CAGCCCCAAGGAUGGACCCAGGAGACGCUGCUGGUGACCCCGCCGCUGGUGCGCGCCGCUGCACAGAGUGGGAUGUGUUCAAAGUGCACCACCAGCAGCACAACUGAGGAAGAACCUCGGCCCUCCUGGAACAGACACGGCGCUUCCUGAAACAGUCUCAGGGCUCCCUGGAACAGACACUGCACCCCUGGAACGGACACGGCGCCCUCUGGAACAGACACGGCGCUCCCUGAAACACUCUCAGGGCUCCCUGGAACAGACACUGCACCCCCUGGAACGGACACGGCGCCCCCUGGAACGGACACGACGCCCCCUGGAACGGACACGGUGCCCCCUGGAAUGGACAUGGCCUCCCCAGAAUAGACAAGGCCUCCCCAGAAUAGACAUGGCGCUCCUGGAACAGACACGGUGUCCCCUGGAACAGACGCGGUGCUCCCGAACAGACACGGUGCUCCUGGAAUAGACACGGCGCCCCCUGGAACAGCCGUGGUGCUCUCUGGAACAGACAUGGAGCUCCCUGGAACAGACAUGGCCCGCCCGGAAUAGACACAGCGCUCCUGGAAUAGAUACGGCGCCCCCUGGAACAGCUGUGGUGCUCCCUGGGACAGCCUUGGUGCUCUCUGGAACAGACAUGGAGCUCCCUGGAACAGACAUGGAGCUCCCUGGAACAGACAUGGAGCUCCCUGGAACAGACAUGGCCCGCCCGGAAUAGCCUUGGUGCUCUUUGGAACAGGCUGGUGCCUAGAAUGGCCACAUCCCCCACCCUCCCUGUGCCACUUCAGGCACCUGCCCUGAUGUGGUGUGUCCAACUCUGUCAACAAGGCCAGCCCCACCAGAGGCCCCAGCUCAGCCUCCCUAGCAGGCUCCUCUACUCAGGCUCUGGGUCAGCCUCUUCCCGGGAGGUGUCCUGGCCCCUGUGCUGGCCCAGCCUCGCUGCCUGUUCACCUGUCUGUGCCGUGCUGGUCACUGGGCAGGGCCAUCCUGUCUGUGGCCCCCGGGACUGUGCCCCGGACAGUGGGCCUGGGUUUGUCCUGGACUUCCUUUUAGGCUAGAGUGCCUGGGUCCGGGUCAUUGGAGGAGCGUCUCCGUGGCCACCUGUGUCCUGUUCUGGAGAGGCCCUCCCGGGCUGGGCCAGGGGGUGUCAUCAGGGAGGGGACAGGAGAGGGGCGCUGAGCUCCUCUCUCCCUCCCCAAGGCCAAAAAACAUUCUGCUUCUGAAUGUCCACGGCACUCACAGAUUCCUUUCCUCCUAAAGCGUCAGCCUUUGGUGAGCAGGCGGAGUUGAGGCUGGAAGGCCGCGUCGCCGGUGUCCACCUGGUUCCGGGUUUCCCGGGGCGCUCGAGCCGGAGCCUUUCUUGGGAAAUUCAGAGUCCCACAGACGGCGUUAAAUUGCGGCUCAGCACCGAAGAAGCAGGCCCUGCCCUCUGCAGAUGCAGCAGCCCCAGGACGCUGUCCUGGGUCCCCUCUCCCUCCCCGUCGCGCUGGGCUCCCUGAUCCUGGGCCUGCUGCCUGGGGCCGGGGCUGUGGCCAGCCCCACAUCCAGCGUCCACACUCCAGGCAGGGGCUCCUCAGCACCCGCCCGGGGUGGACACGGCGGUGGACAGGCAGAGCCCGCAGGAGAGGCCGCUUCUCCUGUGAAGGCCGUCUUUGAGGGGCUCCGUGAUGAACACGUUACGCUCGUGACACACCGUGAAGGUGCAGGUUCCUGGAGGCGCCUCCCUCUCAAAGCCUCACUGGGGCACUGUGGCCGGGGGCCAGGACCCCCUCCUGCUCCUGCAGACCCUGCAGACCCUGUGGUCCACGCGGGAGCGGCAGCAGCUCCGGGAGGAAGCCUGGCGGGGGUUUGCUGCCCUGGAUGACCCCCUGGCCGGGCUUCUGGACAUGCUGGAGAGCAGCCGGGGCCGGCGGGGAGAGGGUCCCUCCCUGGAGGCCUGGGUCUCCCACCAGCUGCAGUGCUGGCUACAGGCACAGCCACGACCGGACCCAGCCCAGCCCGAGGCUGGAGCAACUGCAGGCCCGAGCGGUCAAGGUCCUCACUGAGAGUCCCCCCAGCCUUGCAGCACCACUGGCCAGCAUCUUCCAGCUACAGGAUGCAGACCGGAGCUGCCUGCUGGAGCACGUCCACCGCCUCUACCACGAGGGCAGGUUCAGAGAAGCAGUCAUGCUGGGCACGACGUUGAAGCUGCAGCCAGAACUUGAUGUUGAAAAGAUGAGCGUCCCACUGCUCCUCCAGGACAAGGUGGCCCUCGUGGAGCGCUACGUGGCCGGCUUCCCAGACCUCCAGAGGAGGCUGCUGGCCCUCAUGGACUCCUGGUGCCAGCCCGGCUUUGACAUCAAGGAUGUUGCCAGACAGUACCCUCAGGUGGCCUCCCUGAGCCUGGAGAAGCUGAGUCCGAAGGUGCUGAGCAGGCAGGUCUUACGUCUGCAGGAGCAGUUCGGCAUGGUCCCGGCACUGUGUCCCCACGCGGCCACGCAGCAGCGCCUGGCAGCCCUGCGGCACCUGUGCCACAAGCGGUUUGUGGAGAAGAGCCUGUCUCAGGAGAACUGGGCUGACCACGUGCAAGGCCUCGUGGGACACAGCCCGUGGCUUCAGGAGCAGCUGUCUCAGCUGCUGACCUCCCUCAGUGACCCAGGCACAGCCGCCAGGUGCGCCCUGAACCUCCUGCUGCCCGAGGACCAGCUGCCAGCCACAGUGGCUGCAGAGCUCGGCCGGCUCCGGCUCCAGGGGAGGGCAGCUGACGCUGACUCGAGGCCCGACGUGAAGGACAUGAAGGACCAGCACUACCAGCUGCCCAUCCCCAGGGAGAACGUCUACCUCCUGGCCUCUCGAGAAGACCUCGCCAGACACGAGGGUGCCCUCCUGCAGCCCCAGCAGGUGGUUGGUGUGGACCUGGAGUGGACACCGGUGUUCGUUGCCGGCGGCCGGCCCCGGCCAUCACUCCUGCAAGUGGCCAUGGAGGGCCGCGUGUUCCUUUUUGACAUUCUGGCACUCACGCAUCCGCCAGCAGGACAGGGAGCCCAGGCCUUCUCCCAGCUGGUGGCCCAGCUCUUCUCAGACCCGUCCAUCACCAAGCUGGGCUAUGGGAUGGCGGGGGACCUGCAGAAACUGGGCACGUCCUGCCCUGCCCUGGCCCACGUGGAGAAGCAGGUUCUGGGUGGCAUGGACCUGCUGCUGGUGCACAGACAGAUGCGUGUGGCAGGCAUGCCAACCCCAGGCGUGGACGGGGCUAGUGGGCUGAGAGGCCUGAGCCUCCUAGUGCAGCAGGUGCUGGGCACGACCCUGGACAAGACACAGCAGCUGUCCAACUGGGACCGGAGGCCGCUCUGCGAGGAGCAGCUCAUUUACGCAGCUGCUGAUGCCUACUGCCUGCUGGAGGUGCACCAAGCCCUGUGCAGAGAGCCCGCCCGCUUCCACUUGUCGGGAGACCUGGCUGGGAGCCAGAGGCCCAGGCACAGAGAGAGACCAGGGACACAGGAGCUGCCCGGCCUGCGGGAGGCGUUGGCGUCACCCAGGCAGGUCCCUGUGGCCGUGGCUGAGGCCACCAUCCCUCGGGUCCCUGCCAGGACCUUCCGUGUGGUGUGUGACAACAUGCUACAGGGGCUGGCACGGAGUCUCCGCUGUCUGGGUGUGGACGCGCACGUGCUGGGCAGCAAUGAGGACCACCGCAAGGCAGCCGAGGUCGCCAGGCUGGAGGGGAGGAUCAUCCUGACGUCAGGGCAGCCCUACCACUCGCUCCGGGCCCAGGUUGGGGCUGGGCGCUGCCUCCUGGUCGACGGCUCCCUGAAGGCCCAGCAGCAGGCCAAGGCUGUCCUCAGGCAUUUCAAUGUGCAUGUCACCCAUGAAGACAUCUUUAGCCGCUGCCAGGUGGGUCCCGAGUACCUAUCCCGCCUCAGGCUGGCACCGGAUCAGGGGUCGGGGUCUGGGGCCGGCAGAGUGUCCCUCGUGCAGCCGGCAGGGCCAGGGGACGGCACAGCCCCAAGCAGGCGCUGGUUUGGAUUUGAGAAACUCCCGCCAGCCCCCACGGGGCUUCUGGCAGGCAUCGAGGGAAACCGUGGACUUCCCUGCGGGCUGGGUGGGUCCUGCCUUCCAAAGGCAACACACAGAAUGGCCUGCAUCUCUUGGUGUCAUCUAGCAAGGUCUGGGCAAGAGAGUCCCAGAGUGGGAGCUGCCAGACCUCAGUGGACGUCCAUGGGGAGGCGGAAGGUGGCCCCAGAGCCCCACUCACUUCUCUCCCUCCUGUCCUGUCCCCAGUGCGGGGCUGGGCUGAGUCAGCUGCCCGGGACCCCGGAGCCGCACUGUCCAACCAUCUGGUUUGAGCCCACUGGGCACCUGGGCAUGGCCGGGGGGCGCUGAUGCUGCCUUUGCCCCUCCACGCCAGGACAGGGUGAGACUGCCCUCAGCAUCAGGGUCUCCGUGGGCAACAUGGGAGAAGGGGGACUGUGGGGCUGUCCUGGCUCUCGGAAGCUCCCAGAACGUUCCGGAGUUAGGGCUACAUCAAUAUUCCGCUAGAGCAGCAGGUUGUGGCUGCUCCUUUAAGCCCGGUUUUGUUUUGUGGGGGGACGGAGUCUCAUUCAACUGCGCAGGCGGGAGUGCAAUGGUUCAAUCUCAGCUCACUGCAGCCUCUGCCUCCCAGGUUCAGGUGAUUCUCCCA